AGUGUCAGUGAAUGUAACGUGUCAGCUUCAUUUCUUACAAUAUUAUUCACACCGCUUUUGACCCGGGAAAACACGCACAACAUCAUGGAGACUGACGAGACGCCCUUGUUACCCAGUUCUGCCUCUGACGCCUCGGAGCCCCCGCCCCACCGCCCGGGAGGCACCGUGAUCACCAUCAUAGGCUCAGGAGACUUCUCCCGCUCCCUCGCCAUCCGGCUGGUGGCCUCUGGUUUCAGGGUGGUGGUGGGCAGUCGAGACCCAAACCGCAUCGCCGCGGGUCUGUUUCCCGAUGGGGUGGAGCUGCGGUCGCAGAGGGAGGCGGUGAGCAGCGCUGAGAGAGUGGUGUUUGCUGCAGUCUACCCGGAGCACUACUCCACCCUGUUGGGGCUGAGGGAGCAGCUGGUCGGGAAGGUGCUGGUGGAUGUGAGCAACGCCACAGAGCUGAACAGCGAGCGGUCGAACGCAGAGAAGCUGGCAGAGCUGUUCCCAGAGAGCCGGGUAGUGAAGGGCUUCAACGUCAUCUCUGCGUGGGCGCUGCAGGCUGGAGCCCACGAUGGAAGCAAGCAGGUCCUGAUCUGCAGCGACUGCUCCGUCUCUAAAGCCUCGGUGGUCCAGCUGGCUCGUCGUCUUGGCUUCAGUCCCGUGGAUCUGGGGGGUCUGUGCUCCUCUCGGGACAUUGAGGAGGCGCCGCUCCUCCUCUUUCCCUCCUGGGGAGCCCCCAUCCUGGCCACCUUCCUCCUCUUCCUCUUUUUCUAUGGCUACAACUUCCUGAAGCGCAUUCUGCUGCCCUACCUCGAUCAUGGGGAGAACAAUUUCUACCAGCUCCCCCUGGUGACGGUGAAUCAGACGCUGCCGGCGGUCGCCCUGAUGACACUGGCUCUGGUCUAUCUGCCAGGUCUGCUGGCGGCUGUCCUUCAGCUCAGCAGAGGAACCAAAUAUAAGAGAUUUCCUGGUUGGUUGGACUUCUGGCUGUGCAGGAGGAAACAUCUUGGCCUGCUGAGCUUCCUGUGUGCUGCCCUCCACGCUGUGUACAGUAUGUGUCUGACACUGAGGCGUGCAGCGGGAUACACACUGCUGAAUGCUGCUUACCACCAGGUGAAAGCUGGUGUUGAAAACUCCUGGGUGGAGAAGAUGGUGUGGAGGUCUGAUCUCUACCUGUCCUGUGGAAUUCUGGGAUUUGGAGUCCUCUCUCUGCUGGCUGUUACCUCUCUUCCCUCUGUGGGAAAUGCUCUCAACUGGAGGGAGUUUACAUUUGUUCAGUCAGGACUCGGUUACGCUGCCUUAACUCUCUCCAUCAUGCACACGCUCUUCUUCGGCUGGGACUUUGCCUUCUCUGCUGAGGCCUACCCUUACUUCCUGCCACCGGUGUACCUGCUGGCCCUCAUCCUGCCCUGUGUGGUCCUGGUCGGGCGGAUCCUCUUAGCUCUGCCGUGCCUGGCGUUCAGGCUGGCAAAGAUUCGCAGGGGCUGGGAGAGUGCACGACACCGGCCCCCAAAUACCCGAAAGGAAGCAGACCCUCCUCGAAACUUUGGUGACGUCUAGUGUUUCAGGUAGAAGCAGAAACCAAUCAGGACAACCCAGAGGUGUUUCUCCUCUCUGUGAGAGUCUCUGCCAUUCUGUCACUUCCUCUGUGUGUUUGAGAGGCUGCAGCCGGACUUUCCUUCUUCAUACUAACCUGC